GUCGGUGAGUAAAACAAGAAAAUAUCCACUUAGAGACAGCUAAAAUAGACAAAGCCAGAGUAUGCAGUGCCUGGAUACUUUAUAUGAGAAAUUAGCUGAAGUUUUGUCUGUGGAUGAUACUUCUUUAAAUCCAGAGACAAGUUUACACUCAAUUGAUGGUUUGACUAGAGAACACGAUAAUGACAAGGCUGAGCAAGAACUUAAAAGAGAAUUCUUAACUCCUUCUGAUAGACUGCCAUGGAGUUUGUUGAACGAAUUUUACAAUGUGCCGAAACUGGAUGGUGUACAAAAAGAAAAGGUUAAUUUUUCACUUAUUAAUAUGCCUGAAUUGUUAAAUAGAACGUCGAUUAGGUUCAAAAGGGCGGGAAUAGAUGGCUCGAUUGUUUCUUUCAAGGAAGAGUUUACUAAUGAUGAUUCUUCGUCGCUUUCAGUAAGUAGAAAAUAUACCGGGAACUCUAGAUUGAGCGUGAAAGGUAAUACAUCAAGUUUACCCUUUUUACCAGGGGGUUUUCAAAAACCUGAUGACAACACCAAUGAAGGAGAAUCUGGUAGCACUAGAAAUUUGCAUCGUGAUCAGUACGGGUUGUUUGAUGUACCGCAGGGAUUCUCUAGAGGGCUACAACUGGAUGAGGGUAGUGUAGACAUGGAAAUAAUAGGUAGGGAAAAGAAUGGUUUGACCCGGAACAUAGAUGAAAUUGAAAUCUUACCUGAAGCCUUUGGCGAGGAAGUUCAAUCUGAAACUGAAAACGAUUAUUCUGGUGAUGAUGAGGUUCUCAGUGGUGUUGAAGCAGAUGUUGCAAACUCAAACAAAGCCAAUAAAAUCAGUAGCAAUGAAGAUUUUGAAAACGAAAUAAGUCAAUUCAUACCGAAAAAUUCUGUCAUUAGGCCUUCUACAGCAUCUUCUUCAUUAAUUCAGCAAUAUAAGCGGAAAACAACAUGGGCUCAUGUUGUUGAUCUAGACCAUAGGAUUGAGAACUUUGAUGAGUUAAUACCCAAUCCAGCAAGAACUUGGCCUUUUGAGUUGGAUAUCUUUCAGCAGGAAGCAGUCUACCAUUUAGAGCAAGGAGAUUCUGUAUUUGUGGCUGCUCACACUUCUGCUGGUAAAACUGUUGUUGCCGAAUAUGCUAUUGCUAUGGCGCACAAAAAUAUGACAAAGGCAAUUUACACAUCCCCAAUCAAAGCGUUGAGUAAUCAGAAAUUUAGAGAUUUCAAACACACUUUCAAAGAGCUUGAUGUUGGGGUCAUUACAGGUGAUGUUCAGAUCAAUCCAGAGGCAAAUUGCUUGAUUAUGACCACAGAAAUUUUGAGAUCUAUGCUUUAUAGAGGCUCUGAUGUGAUCAGAGAUGUGGAAUUUGUUAUUUUCGAUGAAGUACACUAUGUCAAUGAUGUCGAUAGGGGUGUGGUCUGGGAGGAAGUUAUUAUUAUGUUACCUGACCACGUGAAGAUCAUACUUCUAUCUGCCACCGUACCAAAUACCUUAGAGUUUGCCUCUUGGGUGGGAAGAACUAAACAAAAAGACAUUUACGUCAUAUCUACUCCCAAGAGACCCGUGCCAUUGGAGAUAUAUAUUUUCGCAAAAGACACGCCAUAUAAAGUCAUUGACUCCAAUAGACAUUUCCUUGAGUCGGGUUACAAUCUUCAUUCAGAUAAGUUCAAUAAGAAAAGUACCGAUGAUACAAAGAUAGUUGCCAAUGCUGGUCGUGGAAGUGGUCGUGGCGGUAGCGGUCGUGGAGGUGGACGUGGAGGUGUUAGUGCUGGUGGGCGUGGUAGUUCCCGUGGAGGUGUUCGUGGUGGACGCGGCGGGCGUGGUGGGAGCCUGUCUAACAACGGUCCUAGGUUCAUCAAAAGAGACGCUCCAACUAGCAAGUCCUGGUCUACCUUGGUUGAUUACAUGAGAAAAAACGAUUUAUUGCCCGCAGUUAUAUUUGUCUUUUCGAAAAAGAGAUGUGAAGAAUAUGCUGAGAGUUUGAGUGGAUUCAAUUUUUCAAACUCAAGGGAAUCCUCUGAAAUCCAUAUGUUUAUUGACAAAGCAGUUGCAAGAUUGAAGAAAGAAGAUAGGGAAUUGCCUCAAAUCUUGAGAAUGAGAGAAAUGCUAAAGCGUGGUAUUGCUGUCCACCAUGGUGGUCUUUUGCCGAUCAUCAAAGAGGUUGUUGAAAUUCUUUUUUCUAAAUCUUUGAUUAAGGUGUUAUUUGCUACCGAAACUUUUGCGAUGGGUUUAAAUUUGCCUACAAGAACAGUGGUUUUUAGUUCAUUGAGGAAGCAUGAUGGCACCGGUUUUAGGGACUUAUUACCGGGUGAAUUCACACAGAUGUCAGGUAGAGCUGGCCGUCGGGGUUUAGAUAAAAUUGGUACAGUUAUGAUUAUGGCAUAUCAGCAGCCACUUGACAAAACCAGCUUAAAGCAAGUUGCUUUAGGUGUUCCUACUAAGCUUUCAUCACAAUUCAGAUUAACGUACACUAUGAUAUUGAAUUUGCUCAGGAUUGAGGCUUUGAAAGUGGAAGAUAUGAUCAAACGUUCAUUCGGUGAAAAUUCAUCACAAUCCAUGUUACCCGAGCAACAGCUUGAAAUUCUAAGAUUGGAAAAAGAACUUGAAUCUAUACCAAAACUAGAUAUUGGAACAGAAGACCUCGUCAAGCUCGAAAGAAUAUAUACGCUAUCCCGCGAGAUAAGAGAGUUACAAUCAGGUAUAUAUCUUUCUCUUGAAAACUUUCCAAAGUUGAGAAAGUUUCUUAAAUUUGGCAGAAUCAUUGUAUUCAAAGAUAGGCAUCAGAAAUCGAUGGUGGGUGUGAUACUCGAUGAUUACGUCUAUAAACACUCAGUGACCUGUUUGAUCGCUUGCGAGGUUUCCGGAAAACAAAAAGAAAACGAUAGGACGGACAGCAGUUUAUUUUUCAAUCCUGUUUUUGGUGAACGUUUCAUCAAUGCUUGGUUCCCUAGAUGGCUCGUAUCAGGCAGAGAGAAGAUACAUUCCCAAGCUGUUAAAUUAAGUUCGAUCGAAUUUGUUUCCAAUGAAUUUGUUCAUGUGCCGAAAGAAAUAUUCAAAAAGGACACGAGGGCAAUAGAAAGAUUUAGGAAAGAGUUUAGUACCCAGCUGGAUAGAAGAGCCCGCUGGUCUGAGACUGAUUACCAGAACUUAAUGUUUGAGUCUAAUAUUGAAUUAGUUCUUCAACGUGUCAAGGUAAUGAAAGAUCUUUCCGAAUUAUUAAAUGAUAUUGAGGUCGUGGAUCUAAUAACUAAGGGUGAUAACUACCUAAAGGUUUCCCACCGAAUGGAAAUAAGUGAACAUAUUGAGAGCUUAAAAAAAUCGUUAAGUGAUGAGAACCUUGAAUUAUUGCCCGAAUAUAAUAAAAGGCUAGAAGUUUUGAAAACCUUGGACUAUGUGAACCCCGAACAACUAACUAUCAACCUUAAGGGUAGAGUUGCCUGUGAAAUCAAUUCAGGAUGGGAGCUCGUCAUGACAGAACUAGUUUUCGAUAACUUUUUAGGUGGGUUUAGUUCUGAAGAAAUCGUCGCUUUGUUAUCGUGUUUUGUUUUUGAGGGAAAGAGAGGGAGCAAUAAGGAUGAGGCUCCAACAAAGUUGUCCACACCUAGAUUGGAAAAGGGUAAGGAAAAAAUUUGCUCCAUUGUUGAAAAGAUCAUGACUAUCUCAACUGAACUGAAAAUUCAACUAACUGCUGAAGAAGAUUCGUUCUUGGAAAAUGAUAGAUUUGCUUUGGUUAACACAGUAUAUGAAUGGGCCAGAGGGAGGAGUUUCAAAGAUAUCAUGGAGUAUGCAAAUGACGCUGACGAGUCAGAAGGUACAAUUGUCAGGGUGAUUACGUUCCUUGACGAAAUCUGUAUGCAAGUUCGGAAUGCUUCCAUAAUCACGGGAGAUUCAGCGUUGCACUCCAAGAUGACAGAUGCACAGGAAAAGAUUAAGCGUGAUAUUGUUUUUUGUGCCUCUCUUUACUUGUAGUCUACGGCUUCAUACGAUAGACCUAUAAUUUUAUUAAUGUACAAAUAGAAUAGAAGAAAGUUUCUAACAAAAUUUAUGAAACGUAGCGUUUAUCUUCUUGUGUUGUGAUUGGGUUUCUGAACUCCAGAAUCCGAUCUGAAUGAUGAUUUAUCUGAAGUCAUCUUUUUCAUCAGCGGCUUCACAGAUGUUUUCCCUUUUUUUAAUCUUAGUUGUGGUUUCAAAGUGUUGGCGUUUGGAGCCGCUUCAGCUACCACACUGACCACAUUUUCACCCCUGAGGAUCACCAAUCCUAGCAGUCGCUUCUGUUCUUUUACUUUAGACUGGUCAACGUCUCCAUUUUUUACUUGGUCAAGAUAUUUUUUGGUUUUUUGUAGCAAAC